AUGGAUUUAUCUCAUUUCGGCCGUAAAGAAUUAGAAACAGGAAUGCUAAAUAAUAUGUUAGAACAAGCUGGUGUUGAUGAUGUUGAUUCAUUUGUUAAAGAAUUUCGAAGUGAAGCUAAUCGUGAAUCUGCUACUGAAUAUCAUGGUGAUGAUGAUGAAGAAGAUGAAGAUACAUCACUUCGUAGUGCGUCAAAGCAACAAGCGAAUCUCUUCUCGAAAGGAACUUCAUUUUUAAACCAAUUCACUAGUGGCGGUGGUGGCGGUGGUGGCGGUGGUAGUAGUGGAAAUGAUUCUCUUGAUAUGAUUCAAGGUGCAAUGAAAGCAUAUAAAAUGUUUUCUGGUGAUCAAGGUGCUAGUGGUGGUAGUGGUGGUGGCGGCGGUUUUCUCGAUAAUAUCGGUUCAACAUAUCAAAAUGCUCAAAAAAUGUAUGCUCUUUAUAAACAGUUCGAUAAAAAUGGUGAUGGAAAAAUAACGGCUGAGGAUAUAGAAAUUUAUCUUCAAGAAAUGGGACUUGGAUUUGUUUCACCAUAUUUAGCUAAAGCUUUAUUUCAAGCAGUUGAUCAAAAUCAUAAUGGUUCACUUGAUUUUACUGAUCUCAUGGCAUUAGUCACUCUUUUAAAUAAACUAUCCGGUCAAUUUGGUGGAAUACCGCCGCAAUAG